AGGAAGACGGAGCUCUUGGCAGAACUCUCUCUAAAAAUGGCAGAAGCCCAUCAAGCGGUAGCAUUUCAAUUUACAGUAACUCCAGAUGGGAUCGACCUGCGCAUGAGCCAUGAGGCACUCAAACAAAUAUACCUGUCUGGUGUCCAUUCAUGGAAGAAAAAGUUCAUCAGAUUCAAGAAUGGAAUUAUCACAGGCGUUUAUCCUGCUAGCCCAUCUAGCUGGCUUAUUGUAGUUGUGGGUGUGAUGUCUACAAUGUAUGCCAAAAUUGAUCCUUCUUUAGGAAUAAUAGCUAAAAUCAACCGAACCCUUGAUACAACAGGCUAUAUGUCAAAUCAAACACAGAAUAUUGUGAGUGGAAUACUUUUUGGCACAGGGCUUUGGGUGGCCCUUAUUGUCACAAUGCGCUAUUCGCUAAAAAUGCUGCUUUCUUAUCACGGCUGGAUAUUCGCUGAACAUGGCAAACUUUCAGCAGGCACCAAAUUAUGGAUGGCACUUGUAAAAUUCUUCUCAGGACGUAAGCCCAUGUUAUACAGCUUCCAGACAUCUUUGCCACGGCUGCCAGUUCCAUCCGUGAAAGACACGGUCAAUAGGUAUCUGGAAUCAGUUCGGCCCCUUAUGAAUGACGAAGAGUUCAGAAGAAUGGAGGGUCUUGCCAAAGACUUUGCGUAUAACUUGGGACCAAGACUUCAGUGGUAUUUGAAGCUAAAGUCUUGGUGGGCCACAAACUAUGUUAGUGAUUGGUGGGAAGAAUAUAUCUACCUUAGAGGACGUGGACCAAUUAUGGUUAAUAGUAACUAUUUUGCAAUGGACUUCCUUUAUUUAGUUCCAACUACCCUGCAGGCAGCUAGAGCUGGUAAUGCUAUCCAUGCCAUACUGCUUUACCGGAAGAAACUGGACAGACAAGAAAUCAAGCCAAUUCUUCUCAUGGGAUCUACUGUUCCACUCUGCUCAGCUCAGUGGGAGCGGAUGUUUAAUACUUCCCGAAUCCCAGGAGAAGAAACAGAUACUAUCCAGCAUGUGAAAGACAGCAAACACAUUGUAGUGUAUCAUAAGGGGCGUUACUUCAAAGUGUGGCUGUACCAUGAUGGUAGACUGUUGAAACCCCGGGAAAUUGAACAGCAGAUGCAAAGAAUUCUUGAUGAUGAUUCAGAGCCGCAGCCUGGGGAGCUGAAGCUAGCGGCUCUUACUGCAGGAGAUAGAGUACCGUGGGCUAAGGCUCGGCAGGCUUAUUUUAGCCAUGGAAAGAACAAACAGUCCCUAGAUGCUAUAGAAAAAGCAGCAUUUUUUGUAUCACUGGAUGACCUCGAGAGAGGGUACAGGAAAGAUGAUCCGGUGGCAUCACUGGAUAUGUAUGCAAAGUCCAUAUUACAUGGCAGAUGUUAUGACAGGUGGUUUGAUAAAACAUUCACUCUUAUUGUGUUCAAGAAUGGCAAAAUUGGCCUGAAUGCAGAACACUCUUGGGCAGAUGCUCCUAUUGUUGGGCAUCUUUGGGAGAAUGUAAUGUACACAGAGUAUCUUGAACUGGGCUAUUCAGAAGAUGGACAUUGCAGAGGAGAUACCAAUCAAAAUAUUCCUAUUCCUACCAAACUACAGUGGGAAAUUCCAGAAGAAUGUCAAGAAGUGAUUGAGAGGUCUCUGAGCACUGCAACAGCUCUGGCAGAUGAUGUAGAUUUCCAUUCAUUUAACUUUGAUGCCUUUGGAAAGGGGCUAAUCAAGAAUGCAAAAGUCAGCCCUGAUGCCUUUGUGCAACUUGCCUUGCAGCUUGCUCACUCUCGGGACAUGGGGAAAUUUUGUUUAACGUAUGAGGCCUCUAUGACCCGCUUGUUCAGAGAAGGCAGGACUGAAACUGUUCGUUCAUGCACUGUCGAAUCCUGUAAUUUUGUUCGAGCCAUGGAAGAUCCAACUGAAACUAACGAAAACAAGCUCAAGCUCUUGAGGACUGCUGCUGCCAAACAUCAGCAUUUAUAUCGUCUUGCAAUGACUGGUGCUGGUAUUGACCGUCACCUGUUCUGCCUUUAUGUUGUGUCCAAAUACCUUGCCGUUGAUUCUCCUUUUCUUAAAGAAGUUUUGUCAGAGCCUUGGAGACUGUCAACGAGUCAGACACCACAACAGCUCAUUGAUCUAAAGAAGAACCCUGAGAUGUUAUCUUGUGGUGGAGGAUUUGGUCCGGUGGCUGAUGAUGGCUAUGGUGUUUCCUACAUUCUCUUAGGUGAAAAUUCCUUCCACUUCCAUGUCUCCAGCAAAAUCUCAUGUUCUGAAACGGAUUCUCAUCGUUUUGGAAAAAACAUCCGAAAAGCUUUGAUUGACAUGAUGUCUUUAGUUGGCCCCAUUAAAAACUGUACCAAGUGAUCUGCCUUACUGGUGCAAAGUAGACUGUUGUUGGAACGAGAACUUUUCUGAUCAGUGCAUGAGAGCAAGGUUUGUCAAGAAAUAGCUGGAGAAGAAACUGAGUCUCCAUCCCCUCAAUCAUCUAUGAAAACCGUAGCAGUAGCUUGUGUUGCAUUAUUUUCCAAUAGUUUGGAAGAGUUUGUUUCCACAGAGGACGACUUUUGUCACUUUCUAUGUUCAU